AUGAAUGAAAGAGAUACCAAUGAGCUAAAAAGGGGUGGAGGCUACCUCAAAGAAAAAGCAAUUAUUGGAUUAAGCAUUGUUACAGGUGACGAGUUGGAUCGGGCUAUAAUGAAAACAACAAGUCAUAUGCUGAAAGCUCCCAAAGAGAAGCAUAUGCAAAGACUAUUGGCAGCAACAUAUGGACACUAUAAAAGUAAUUCUCGUGACGGGAAGAGUAUUUGCGACUAUAUAGUAUCAGAGCUGGAAAAACGACUGCACACGCAUAAUUGGAUUGUAGUGCUUAAGGCGCUGGUAACGCUGCAUCGUCUAAUGACGGAUGGUUCUAAUGAGUUGAUCGAUUCUAUACAACGAAACCGUAGUUUAUUUUGCGCACGAAAUACAAAAGAUCUAUCUGAAAACGUUGAAGGAUCUAUUCAAAGUGCAUUUAUCCGUCAAUAUUUUCGUUACCUUGAAGAGCGUGCAUCUUCGCAGCAAUCAAUUGGUAAUACAAAUCGUAUAGAAAGUGUGGAAUUCAGCUCGUAUCUUCGCUCUCUAGAUGUUGAUUCUCUUGCACCCAUUUUUCAGGUAUUAUUAACACAGCUUGCUUCUCUUCUUGAAAUUGAUUAUAGGGAAACUAUAGUGGAUAAUUUUUGUACAUUGGAAGCAUACCAGAAGCUCGUGGAUGAUGGUAAAAUAUUGUACCAGCUCUUAUCAGACAGAAUAAUAUUCAUACUUGAUGGAUUCAGUGACUUUCCACUUGAGAAAAAGAAAUAUUGGCUGCAACUUUACAAAGAAUACAAUAUAAUUGCUGAGAGACUACGAUUCUUUUAUAAUUCAAUACUUGAUUCUUCCAAGGUAUUUGCUCAACCACCGCCACGAUUAAAACCUCUUCCUGCUUCUUUGCUAGAACAACUGGAAGAUGAUGUUCGAAUGAGUAAUAUUGCUUGUGAAGAUGUAACUGAAACUUUGGAAAGUUUGGGAAUAACAAGAGGUGAAGAAAAAGAAGAAGUUCCAUCAAAAGAAGUGGCUAAACGUCCUCCUUCUCCAUUGUCUCCUAAAACUACUGAAGUUGCUUCUGGUGUGGAACAAACUUCAUUACCCCUUACAGCUGUUGAAAAUAAAUGUCCUACAUUCUCAAUGGAUGAUCUUUUUGUAGGUCCUUCUGUGCCAAUUCCGAGCGAGACAGUUCCUUGUGCACCAACAAAUGCUUUGUUUAAUGACCCACAACAAUUAUUCAUGAAUACAAAUCAAGGUAUUAACCAAAUGAUGCCAGCUCCUGUGAAUAACCAAGCUCCAGUAUACGGGACACUUGAUGAUGGGUGGUCAACGGGGGCUCCAGUCUCAUAUGAAGGUAUUCCAUCGGUGCAACCCCAACUGCCACCUCAAGUAACUAUGACAACCAAUUUUGAGUGGGGAGGAAACAAUUCUUCAGUAAAUCAAGAAACCCCUGAAAAAAAGAAAGAUGAUGCUUUUAAAGACCUUUAUGUUGAAGGACAAAAAGGUUGGUAUUCAAAGGAUAAGUAA